AUGCAAAAGCGGCGUAAGAAUAAUGGUAAAAAAACUGUGAAUGAGGAGUUUGAUAAAAAGAUGAGUGAAGUUUAUUGUGUCUGUCGUUCUUCAGACGCUGAACGAUUCAUGAUAGCAUGUGACCAAUGCGAAGAAUGGUAUCACGGAGAUUGCAUUAAUGUCACUCCUAAGCAAGCAGAGCAAAUAAAAACUUUUUACUGUCCUCAAUGUCGAUGUAGGAAUCCGUCUCUGGAGAUCGAAUAUAAAAACACCAGAUAUCAGAGACCGAAACAAAAUCGUCCGAGUUUAAGUCCUAAUAACGAUGUCAGUACGUUUCCGGACCAACUUCCAUCAGGUAAACAGUUCAAGGGAAAACGAAGACCAGAUCCUUCCGUCAGUAAAUCAGAAACUGGUACUCGUACUACUCCAAUCGACCACACAUUACAUUUACCGCCUAGAAAUAUGCGCAAAUUCAAUUCUCCUGGUCCCGACACGUCUCCUAAAUCACCCAAUGCCUCAGAUUCCAGUACUUCAGCUGUGUAUAAUCGCGCAUACUGGGGACGAGAAGAGCAGUCUGGAUUUGGAGAAGAUCAAAAAUUAUCUAGUACAUUUGUCUCCAGAAAGCGGUCUGGAUCCCCUCGUUUACGCCCUUGCGGUAAUUGUACAGGCUGCAGCAUACAAGAAGAUUGCGGAAAAUGUGAAUAUUGUAGGGACAGAAGAAAAUUCGGCGGCCCCAACAAAAUGCGUCAAAAAUGUAGGUUAAGACAAUGUGCUGGAAUGAACGCUUCCCGUAGCAGGAAUCCUUCUAAUUCUUCUCAAGGUGUUGGUUCUCGACGCCGCAAACAACCACCGAUACAGUCUACACCCAUGGAUGCACCACCAUCCCAUAUGCAGUCGUAUGCGGACUUCGAUGAUGAACAGUUCGAAGUGCCGUUAGAUUUUUCCCCACGACCAUAUUCUGAUAAUAUUACACAGUCGUUCCUGUCUCAUCACCCUGCAAGUUCAGCUCCAUUGGGCAGCAAAAUGCGUAGAGGUGACCACCGUAUUCCAGCCACUAAUGAAAUUGACGGAAUUACUCAUCGGCUUUUUGGACGAUUCAGUCACGAUGGUCUCCAACCACAUUCUCGUAGUAAAGGACCCAUGCCAAAUAUUUAUCCCAUCAACACUGAUGAACCUAUAGAUUUUGUGGACAACGAUUCGGAUGAUGACAUUGUGCUUCCAGAAAUGGCACAUUGUGCAGGUCCUGCUUGCAUGCUGGCGGCUAUUCCUGGUGAGAAAUACUGUUCAGAAUCCUGCAAACUGAAACAUACCAAUUCUCGCUGCUCUGUUCGUUCGGCUGUUUCUAAUCUCCGUCCUGCAAUAACUACUAUUUCACCCCGUGAAGCUAAUCCUAUUCCUUACUCUUUACCAUAUCCAGAUCAUAUGUAUUGUCGCCAUCAUCGUGUUCAGAAUUGGAAUAAUACUGCAUCUCCAUCCUACAGAACUACAAAUCAACCUUUUGACCAGUUCUCUAUUGAUCAGGCUUACAUUACUAGUGAUGGCUUACUUCAGUCACGUGGACAUCCAACAUUUGGAUGCUCUUCGGGACCAGUUCAUAGAAUUACACCACAGCGACAUGCAAAUUCUCAUCCUGUUUUGAUCAAUACUAGUAGUCGAUUGAAUAGCGUGGAUACUCAAGGUAAUACAAUGAUUUGUGACGUUGCUGAUACCGCUGCAUUUAUGGAUUCUGUGGCUUCAGCAGUACGUAGAAGUAAUAAUCAUGGGACAAUAAAUGCAUUUGCUGAAGAGCUUGGCAUAGAUUUACCAUCCGCUCAUCCUUCAACCGGAACUCGUUUAUCGUCUUCACCUAGUUUAUCUGGAAUUUAUUCUUGUUAUACUGGAUCGAAUCGUAGCGAUAAUAUUCGACCUGUUGAUUUACAUGCUGUAGAUGAUGAUACUGAACUACCACCAGGAGUGGAUGAUGAUGAAGCUGAUGUCAAUCAAAUAGUUUCCGAAGUAGGCGGACAUCCUGUUUACGGCUAUUAUAUGAUUAGUUACGGCAAUGAAACCAACGGUCAUAAUUCACGUGUUUCCUUGACUAAUGCUUCUAACCCUACACUAAAUGAACAUCGUAUAAGUACAGGCUCUUUACGUGCCAGAACGAAUAUCCGCCACCUUAAUCAUAGAAUGAUAAAUCAAAGUAACGGUGAAUCAACAAAUGGUAUCCCUGGAUCUUACACUUCUAAUCGAACGUUGUCAGUUGGCAAUGUAAAUUUUCGGCAUACAAACUUAAAUGUUAUCCCAGGAACAGUAAGUCAGGAUAAUUGUUUAAGUCCAUCCGGAUCCACCGGUGUCAGUGACAUAGGUGUUUCUAAUAUAGGAUCAUCAGUAUCCAAUUCCAAUGUAGCGCCUCAUACUGUUCCUGGUUAUAUACCUGGUCCCGAUGAAUUCUAUACAAUCAAUGAUUCAGAUGACUUAGAAAUCAAUUGGCCACAAGAAACAGUCGCUGGAGUAAAUGGUUAACUUUUAAUUGUAUUAUAUCCUUCAAGAUGUUCAUCACUUAAUAUAGAAUUAUUGCUUAAUAAAUGAGUGGCCUCAUCUAGGAGCUGUUUUGCGUAUAUAUCUUUCCUCUUUUGGAAAUUGGUAUUUUUCUCGAUAAAAGAUCUAUGCUGUAACGGAUAAAUAUCUGUCGCAUUACAGUGACCUAAAACCCUAUGACCUCUGUUUACCGCCCCCCCCGCCACAUGUUUUACUCAUCAUUACAUUGCAGUGUAUUAAGUUGUCAGGUCUCAAAAUUCUCUGUAUCUAUGUUGCUUAUCAGAUUUGUUUUGUGACUAUUUGUUUAAUUCCUUUUCUUUUGCUUAAACAACAACAACAUCGAUAAUUUUGCCUUGUAUACAUACAUGUCAUACUCCUUAUCAAUGGCGCCAAAAAAACGGUUCAUUCAGAACAAUCUUGUACAUAUAAAUAGCUCGUCUUUUAACUUUUUUUUGUUUUGUUUUUAAAAACACAUAUAUGUAUAUUUUUGUGUUUUUUUUUAUUAACUACGUGUAUCUAUGUACACGUUAUUCUUUAUGUUUUUGACACAGUGUGUGUGGGGGGGGUAUAUUGGGAAAAACAUACCACUCUGCACAAUAAUAUUAUAAACUCAAAAUGUGUCUUUUAUUUCCUAUCUAACCAGAACUAUCUAUAUAUCUGUUGUUGUUAUUAUGACUUAUUAGUCUUAGUGUUUCUUGAAUUGGACUUUCUUAUCACACACACACACACACACACAUCAUCAUCAUGAAUUGAUGAAGAUUAAUUCAUCUUAUAUAUCUUACUCUUUACGAAAACAUUAUACAACUUUCCCGCUAUUGAAUUUUUCUUUUCAUUCUUUGAAAUUUUAUUCUUGUAACUAUUUCAUUACUUUUCUACUACUUUCUAUAUUCAAUUCAAUAUAAUCUCUACUAUUACUAAUUACUGUCAUUACUAUUAUUAUUAUUAUCAUCAGUAGUAGGGGUAGUAGUAUUAGUAGUAUACACAGUAACUGUAUAGUAAUGAUGGGACUAUAAUCUUUUUUUUAAUACCUUAUCUCAUUUCUUUUCAAUUUUCAGUCUUUGUAAAUAAUAUAUAUAUUCCUAUAUGUAUACGUUCAAUC